UCCGCCUUCCCAACCGUCCAUCUAAUCCAUUUCCCCUUUCCCCUAGGAUAAAUAUAAAUGUUUGUUGGUUGCAGGCAGAGAGAGAGAGAGAGAGAUGACCUGCUUCCGUCUCUGACCCGUAGAGUAUUUCCGCUCGGAAUCCGUCUUUCAUCUCCUCUGCUGCCUGUCCUCUCCUUUUAUACAGUCACCUCACCUUCCUUUCUUUCAUCUCCUCUGCUCGCUCCUCCCCGUCAAUCUGUUGCGGCCCGACUAACUCGGAUCCAACAGAAAGGGAAGAAAUCAUGUGUCCGGGUUCGGCAGCAAGCAAGAGCGUCUGCGUCAUGGACGCCUCCGGCCCGCUGGGCCACGCCCUCGUCGACCGCCUUCUCCGCCGGGGAUACACCGUCCACGCCGCCACCUACUACGACUGCUGCGGCGCUCAGGAGGACGACUCGGAGUCGACGACCGCGCCUCUGCCGUGCAGCAGCGACAUGUACAAGCACCGCCUCAAGGUGUUCCGCGCCGACCCCUUCGACUACCACGCCAUCGCCGACGCCGUCCGCGGAUGCGCCGGCGUCUUCUGCAUCUUCAACACGCCACAGGACCAGGCAGAAUGCGAUGAGCUGAUGGUGGAGACGGAGGUGCGCGCGGCGCACAACGUGCUGGAGGCGUGCGCGCAGACGGAGACCAUGGAGCGGGUGGUCUUCACCUCCUCCGUCACCGCCGUCGUCUGGAACGACAGCCGCCACAGCCACCUCGACGCCACCGCCGUCGUCGACGAGAAGAGCUGGAGCGACCUCGCCUUCUGCCGGAAAUACAAGUUGUGGCACGCCCUGGCCAAGACUCUGUCGGAGAAGACGGCGUGGGCGCUGGCCAUGGACAGGGACGUGGACAUGGUGGCCAUCAACGCCGGCCUCGUCACCGGGCCGGGGCUCACCGCCGCGCACCCUUACCUCAAGGGCGCCCCCGACAUGUACGACGACGGCGUCCUUGUCACCGUCGACGUCGACUUCCUCGCCGACGCGCACGUGGCGGCCUACGAGUCCCCCACCGCCUACGGCCGCUACCUCUGCUUCAACAACACCGUGUGCCGGCCUGAGGACGCAGUCAAGCUCGCACAGAUGCUCUCGCCGUCCUCCCCGCGCUCGCCACCAAGUGAUGAGCUGAAGGUGAUCCCACAGAGGAUUCAGAACAAGAAGCUCAGCAAGCUCAUGGUGGAGUUCGCCAAUGGGAUAUAUGGGGAGCUGGAUUAGGGAUUUCCUUUUUUUUAUUUAUCUCACAGAUGCAACUAGGGUUGUAUUCUUUUGUAUCUAGUAUUUGUAUCCCCCCCCCCCCCCCCCCCCAAAAAAAGGAAGGGGAAAUCGGUUGGUCAAAUGUGCAUAUGCUGUACAUGGCCAAGCAUGCCACAUGUAUUACACCCUUACCAAGGGUAAGGGCAUUUGAGUGAUUGAUUGCCAAGAAAUUAUAGUCUCUAGGUUGAACAAAAGGAAAAAUAAAUUUGCAGUUCUGCUUCU